UUUACGGCGCGCGGCCGCCCCAGCUCCGACUCAAGUCUGCGCUUCCAGGUUCAGUUUCAGGGUCUCGCCGGCAGCCCCGGCCGGCGGGCGCGCAGCGGGCGGCGGGGCCCGGGCGGCUGGGUCCUCGGGGGGCCCCCCGGAGCAGGCAGGCGGCGUCCGGGAGUCCCCGGAGGAGGAUGGGCUGCGGACACAGCCGGCCGAGCUGCUGCAAAGCCCCCAAAAAGAGGCGCCGCAAACCAGAUCGGCUACCCAGACCACAGCCACAGGAACUAGGUCCCCUCAAUGGGGACACAGCCACAACUGUCCAGCUGUGCGCAUCUGAGGAGGCUGAGCGGUGCCAGAAGGAUAUAACCAGAAUUCUCCAGCAACACGAAGAGGACAGGAAGAAAUGGGCACAACAGGUGGAGAAGGAGAGGGAGCUGGAGCUUCGAGAGAAACUAGAUGAACAGCAAAGAGCCCUGGAGGGAGAGCAUGAGGAGGCACUGCAAGUCCUCCGGGCCUCACACGAGCAGGAGAAGGAAGCCCUCACCCACUCCUUCCAGGAGGCCAAGGCAACCCUGCAGGAGACCAUUGAUGGACUGUCCUCACAGCUGGAGGUCUUCCAGGCCAAGAUGAAGAGGGUAGAAGAGUCCAUUCUGAGCCGAGACUAUAAGAAGCACAUCCAGGAUUACGGAAGCCCCAACCAGUUCUGGGAGCAGGAACUGGAGAGCUUACACUUUGUCAUCGAGAUGAAGAACGAGCGUAUCCAUGAGCUGGACAAGCGGCUGAUCCUCAUGGAAACAGUGAAAGAAAAAAAUCUGAUGUUGGAGGAAAAAAUCACCACUUUGCAGCAGGAGAAUGAGGAGCUCCAUGUCCGGGGCCGCAACCAGAUGGUUAUGUCAAGGCAGCUCUCGGAGGACCUGCUUCUCGCCCGCGAGGCCCUGGAGAAGGAGUGCCAGUUGCGGCGACAGCUCCAGCAGGAGAAGGAGGAGCUGCUGUACCGGGUCCUCGGGGCCGAUGCCUCCCCCGCCUUCCCUCUGGCCUCAGUCACCCCCACCGAGGUCUCCUUCCUCGCCAGCUAGGACGCAGGGCCAGGACGUCUGUGGUCACAGCGCCCUCUUGAGGAUUUACCAGAGAAGACAGCGGGGGCCUCUCGUUCCAUGCCCAGGAGGGGCGGAGGGCAGGAGCGAGAUGGGCAGCCAGGGUGUGAGCCCAGGGAGCCCUGAGGGCUUGGGCCGUGCAGGAUCACCCACCGGGCUUUGAGGCCCCAGAAGCACCUUCCCCUGAGUUGGCCCAGGAAACAAGCAAAGAGGAGUCCUUCCAUCCCUCCCAGUUCUCUCUGUCCAAAUCAGGGAAGUCCCGAGCUUUUCCCAGGGGCAGCCAGUGCCACUGAGGCCAUCUGACGAAGAAGUGACAACCCACUGGUCCUGACUUGUCAGCUCCCCCCCUCCCCGAGAUGUUCCCACCUCUGGUCGGGCCCUCCCUCAGCCUCAGGUUACCUCUCCUCUAAAAUAGCCAGGGGAACCCAGCGAAUGAUUCUUGAGUCACUACAGUGCCCCAUUCUAGGAUGGUGCGAGGCUCAGACCAGGGGCUGGGGGACCGGGAAGGAAGUGGCCCACACCCUGGGAAUCAACAGGGAAAGGCGGGCUGCUGGUAAGGGGGUCACUGGAGGCCCUUGGGGCUGGGGCUGGGCAUGGUGUGGGGCAGGCGACUGCUCCCGGUCCCGGAGUCUUGCUCAGCCCAGGGGUUAAGCCAGAGCAACUCCUCAGCCCUCCUGGUCCCUCAGUCUCAGUGACACCCGGGUACACGCAGAGCUUGGACCUCAUCCCUAUACCGACAAGGAAACCAAAGUGGGGAGUGGGGCCCCCAAAACAAGGACUAGGACCUCCUCUGUCAUCCAGCUCUUCGCGUGUUGUGCUUGUUUUUCUCCCCAGGCUCCGGAAGGAUCAGAUGUGUGACUUAGUCUUUCUCCUCUGACCUCUACCUGCCCCACUCACUUCCGGUCCCUCUCUUACUCCUCCCUAUCUUGACUCCUUCUACCACCCCUAAUGCCAGGCGCCAGGACCCCGGAAUGUGGCCCUCAGCUUCCCCAUCCGUGCAGAGGGGCAGCUAGAGUAACCAAACUCAGCAUGCCUGUCCAGCCCAGACCGUCCAUGGGUUUACUGUUCUUCUCAGGAAGCUUCCGGUCAUCUGGAUGCCAUCAUGAUAACCCCUCCCCUGCACAGAGCAUUUUAACUCAGUGCUCUCAGCUACACUUC